AUUAGAGACGCGUGAUAUUUGUGUAUGCAUCGUGGUUGAGACGAGAAAAUCAGCAGCAUCAAUUCCUCUCUAACCACAGCGACCACAGCAAUCAUUGGACUGUAAAAUUGGUUUAAUUGGGGAUAAAAGGUUUCCAAAUAUAGCUAGAACGUCUGGACAAUAGAAUCAUUGACAUAAGACACGUUGUCUUUAACUUUCCUGGUUUAAAGUUGGAACUUUUCGUGGUGGGUCCAAUUUCGAGUCCAAGUUCGACAUUUCGUGCGUCUGUUUCGCCGUAAACAAAAAGGAAUAAUACCGCUUGCUCAUUGGAAAUAAUCGCAUAAUUAAUAUCCUCAAGUCUGGAGCAAAACAUCAAACGAAAAUUGACAUAAAGUUCUUUCUUCAAGUACCAUUCAAGUGUUCUCAUCUCUCAAGAUAAAUAACUUCGAUGAUGUACUUUGGCGUAAUUUAAUAGUGAAAACUCACCUUGCGAGAGGGGUAAAGUGAAAUUUCUCGUUAUUUAUUUUUAAAGUUGCUCUGUUAUUGCUGAAGAAAUCUGGGGGCGCAAUCAACUGUAUAAGCAGCUGUAGAAUAAAGAAGAGUGCAACGAAAUUCUUCAAGACGAAAAAUGGACAAUUCAAAACUCAUUAUGAUCACCUACAGCAUUUUCAUCACCAUUGAUGUGAUGAUUUGGCGGCAAGGGAAAAUUUCAGCAAAAACAGUGACGAUGUUUUACGAUCAAGAGAUCACGUCAGAUGCCUGCUACAACCGUUAUGAACAAGCUCACAGAUGUCUGCCCGAAUUUAGGAACAUAGCUUACCAACAACGCAUUAAGGUCUCGCAUACGUGCGGGUUAGGCGGAGCAAAAAAGUUCUGUAAAUCACCACGUCAUAAACGCUGUGAAAUUUGUGACGCUAUGGAUCCGACCCUAGCGCAUCCUCCUCAAUACCUGACUGACCUUAAUAACCCAGCAGAUCCUACAUGUUGGCAGACAGAUCCGUUAGAUAAUCCUAAAGAGAACGUCACACUUACUUUAAGUCUUGGAAAGAAAUUUGACAUAACGUACAUUAAUUUAGAAUUCUGUUCAUAUCGACCUCGUGUUAUGGUCAUUUAUAAAUCGGACGAUUUUGGAAGAACAUGGACUCCGUACCAGUACUACGCUGAUAAGUGUAUGGAGAUCUUUCACAAAAGAACAAGAGGAACUGUAAGCCUGAAGAAUGAGGUUGAAGUAUUAUGCACUAAUGAUCAUCUUAUGCGACCUUUGAGAGGAGGUCGUAUAGCCUUUAGUACUCUGGAAGGCCGACCAUCAGCUCAUAAACUAGAAAGAAACGAGUUACUUCAAGACUGGGUAACAGCUACAGAUAUUAAGGUCGUGUUCAUGAAGAUAGGAGGUAACAGAAAACAUCGACGAAGAGGCAAGGAUGUGCUUUACUACGGUAUAUCAGACUUCUCCAUUGGAGGUCGCUGUCGAUGUAAUGGGCAUUCGUCAAAGUGCUCGAAAAACGCGCGUGGAAGAAUGGCGUGUGAGUGUCAGCAUCACACGAGUGGCGUGAAUUGUGAAAAAUGCGCAGAUUUCUAUCAAGAUAGACCGUGGUCGAGGGCGACUACAUACUCUGCUAACGAAUGUAGAGCUUGCAACUGCAGUGGUCACGCUAAACAAUGUCGUUUUAAUCUGGAACUAUACAAAAUGGACGGCCACGGUGGAGAGUGUUUAAACUGUCGUCAUAACACAGAAGGAAGAUUCUGUCAUUAUUGCAAACAAGGCUAUUACCGAGAUAAAAGCAAAGACAUCACACACAAAAAAAUUUGCAUCAAAUGUGAUUGCCAUCCAGUUGGAUCACGAGGAAAGAUGUGCGAUCAAAUAACCGGACAAUGUCCUUGCAAAGAAGGUGUGACCGGGAAAAAUUGCAAUGAAUGCAAACGUGGAUAUAGGAAAACGAAAACAAAAGCUGCACCUUGCAUAAAAGCUAAACAACCAAAGAACAUAAGAAGAACAGAUUUGGAUUGUACAAAAUGUCGACCAAUGUUGUUAUCGGUUACAAAAUACUGCAAGCGAGACUUUGCCAUUAGAGUGAAGAUAGAGGGGCGAACACACGUCAAAUCUUGGGUAAAGUUCAACGUAAACAUCGAGCAGGUUUACAAAUGGACUGGGGAGACACGAUUACGCGAGGGUGAGCAAGCGGUAUGGGUCUUAACACGUGACCUCAAAUGCAGUUGCCCAAAAAUAAGAAUGAACAGGCGCUACCUGAUCGUGGGUUUCAACGACAUUCACGAAAUCCAAAAAGGCAUCGUUGUUAAUCAGCGGACUGUUGUGACACAAUGGUCAAAAAAAGUAGCCAGAAGAGUGACAAAGUUUAAAAAGAGACAAAGAAAAGGCGCCUGUUUCGCGACCAGUGUGGAAGAAAAUGUCUGAGAUAGAAAGCGGCUGUUCAAGAAAGCUGAAUCAUAACAUAUUGAUGGCAGUGUUCAGAGAUAGAGAGAGAGACAAUAGUCGAUAUGCGUUCAUAAGCAGGCAGCACAGUCAUGGAUUUUAAAGAACGCCUAAUUUCACAUUACUAGUUGAUAUGGUAGCUUAUAUGCCAGCUCACUGUACAUAGUCUUAUAAAACAUGAACUUAUAACAGUUCUAGAAGCAGAACGUUGAAAAUAGACUGUUUCAUUUUUGAGGAUUGAUAAGCAGACAGUAAAAUAAGCUUUGAAAGACAACGAAUCAUUGUUCCGUUAAACUAAAGCAAUUUAAUUCAUCAUUACAACAGGAAUAAGCUAGUUUGUGAAAAAGUAGAAUUUCGUUAUAAGAUUGUAAUAUUACAACCCAAGUGCAAAGGGCAAACUCUCUAGAAAUUAGUUUGGUCAUGCGCACAAAUGCAUUUAACAGAUGAAUUCAACGCUUAGUUUUGGGUUUAAGCAAGAAAAAAACAAUUUUACUGUUGAAGAACAUAAUUGACCGCUUUGUUUCGUUGUCUUAGAGUAUGUUUAUAAUAUUCUGAUUGUCUUAAAAACUACAAGAAAAGCAAGUGUCUCUCAUUCUCCUAUUCAUCGAGAUAUUUAAGUGAAAAACCGUAUCUAUCUAUUGACAACAACUAUGUAUAUAAAUAGCAUUUGCGUGGUUCGUCCGCGUUUUGGAUGCAGAUUUCAACGUUUAUAUUAACGAUAGUAAAACUAAUUAUUGAAAA